UAAAACGCAUUUACAAUUUGAAAUUCGUAUCGUAUACAGUGAGAAAAAUUGAGCGACGAUUGAAAAGAUGUCGAAAAUAUUUACACCAACAAAUCAAAUUCGGUUGACGAACGUAGCUGUGGUUCGUAUGAAAAAGGGUGGCAAACGUUUUGAAAUUGCUUGCUACAAAAAUAAAGUGCUAUCAUGGCGCAAAAAUAUUGAAAAAGAUAUCGAUGAAGUGUUACAAAUUCAUUCGGUAUUCACAAAUGUGUCAAAAGGAGCGGUGGCCAAAAAGGAAGAUCUGGUGCAAGCAUUUCAAACCGACAAAAUCACCGAAAUUUGCAAGGAAAUUCUGAUGAAGGGCGAACUACAGGUAUCGGAAAAAGAACGACAAACAGAACUAUCGGCAUUGUUCAAGGAAAUUGCAACAAAUGUGGCCGAUAAAUGUGUGGAUCGUGAAACAAAACGACCAUAUUCAGUGUCAUUGAUCGAAAAGGCCAUGAAAGACAUUCAUUAUUCGGUGAAGCUGAAUAAAAAUGCAAAACAACAGGUGCUUGAAGUUAUUGGUUUGUUGAAAGCAAAUCUUCCGAUUGAACGGGCCCACAUGCGAAUUCAAGUCACCGUUGGUUCGACAAAAGAAGCAAAACAAAUCAUCGACAAAUUGAAACCAUUGUGCGCAUCAAUUGAACACGAUGAUUGGGACACCGGUUGCACCAGUCUCAUCUGUCUUAUUGAUCCCGGCCAAUUCAAAACCAUCGAUGAAUUGAUUCGUAAAGAAACUAAAGGAAACGGUCGCUUGGAAUUGCUCGACCUAAAAGAAGUUGUUGAAGAAGAAAUUCUAUAAAUUUUUUAUUACUAUUUUUUUCUCUCUUUUUUUAUCGAAUAAAAUUUAUUUA